GUCAAAUACGACACCAGAGCUGACACGUAAUCUUACUGUAUUUCAACAUCAAGUCAAUAAUCCAUUAAAUUUUAUUAUUUUGAUCAGAAAAUCGAGUUAGUUUUGUGUAUAAAAUGGUGUUGAUCGCAGCCGCUGUAUUUACCCGAGCAGGGAAAGUGAUAAUUUCCCGUCAAUUCAUUGAAAUGACAAAGGCUCGCAUUGAAGGGCUGUUGGCUGCAUUUCCGAAGCUCAUCACAUCCGGUAAACAGCAUACGUUCGUUGAAUCGGACUCAGUACGCUACGUAUACCAACCAAUGGAAAAAUUAUAUAUGGUGUUGAUAACAACAAAAACAUCGAACAUUCUCGAGGAUUUGGAAACAUUGCGUCUCUUCUCCAAAGUGAUUCCCGAGUAUUGUCGCAAUUUGGAUGAGAAAGAUAUCAGCGAGAAUGCUUUCAAUUUAAUUUUUGCAUUCGAUGAAAUCGUUGCACUUGGCUACCGUGAGAGUGUAAAUCUAUCACAAAUUAAAACGUUUGUUGAAAUGGAUUCGCAUGAAGAACAGGUUUACUUGGCCGUUCGUAAAACACAAGAACGUGAAGCGAAACAAAAGAUGCGAGAGAAAGCAAAAGAAUUGCAACGUCAACGAUUGGAAGCAAAUAAACGUGGCGUUUCAUUGGGACGUGGCAACAUCAGUGGCGGUUCAAGCUUUGGUGGUGGUAUUUCAGGCGGUAGUUUUGGUGGCAUUUCAAGUACAUCAGUAUUGUCGCAGCCAUCGGUUGGAAUUGGUGAAACUGCACCAUCGCCUGUUAAAAAGCCGGCUCCGACACGUAAUGCUCUUAAAUUGGGUGGAAAAUCGAAGGAUGUCGAUAGUUUUGUUGAUCAAUUGAAGAGUGAAGGAGAGAAAGUUACGAACUUAGCACCGACAUCGGUGAGCAGUGCUGCUGCACCCGCUGCUCGUGCCAAGACCAGCGUUCCCACAGAAGAUGUUCAUCUACGCAUAGAAGAUAAGAUGAAUCUGCGCAUCGGUCGUGAAGGUGGUUUACAAUCAUUCGAAUUAUUUGGUUUGCUAACGCUUAAAGUUGCCGAUGAGAAAUAUGGAAAAAUUAAGGUUCAAUUGGAAAACAAUGCCAACAAAGCCAUUCAAUUGCAAACCCAUCCAAAUGUGGAUAAAGAAUUAUUUAGAUCGGCCAGUCAAAUUGGUCUUAAAAAUUCAACAAAACCAUUCCCGGUCAAUACGGAUGUUGGUGUUUUGAAAUGGCGCUAUCAAACACAAGAUGAAACAGCAAUUCCACUUACAAUUAAUUGCUGGCCAUCUCAAAAUGGUGAGGGAGGAUGUGAUGUCAACAUUGAAUACGAAUUGGAACAUCAACAUCUUCAACUACAAGAUUUGACAUUGUCUAUUCCACUGCCAACUGGAUGUCAACCGACUAUCGUUGACUGUGAAGGUGACUACCAUUAUGAUAAAGGCAAGAAUCGUCUUCAAUGGAACAUUUCGAUUGUCGACUCUUCAAAUCCGGCUGGUUCAAUGGAAUUCAGUUGUCCAUCAUCCAUUCCGGCCGAUUUCUUCCCGGUUGAAGUGACAUUUGUAUCAAAAGUACCAUAUGCUGAAUUGAAAGUCUUACAAGUUACGAAAAUUGAAGAUGGUUCAACUGUACCAUUCUCAGUGGAAAUGGUAUUUUAUCCAGAAAAAUAUGAAAUUGCCUAAAGUGAAUCACAUCCAUUUAACUGCAAAUUAUGUAUCAUUAAUAUUCCAAUGCGCGAAACUAUAUCGAAAGGUGUUAUUAUUUCAAUUUACUAUUAUAAAAUACAAUAUGCUUAUUCAUUGUCAAAUAAAUUGAUUUUAUUUUGAAAACAGA